AUGUUCCGUCACAGCGUCCGGCGGCUCGCCGUGGCUGCCGCAAAGGCUGCUGAGCCUAGCGCCCACACCAUCGCCGUGUCCCAGGCUCAGGGCGUUUCUCGGGGUCUUACCGGAGCCAUCGGGAACACCCCCCUCAUCCGCCUUAACCACCUCUCCGAAGAGACGGGCUGCGAGAUCCUCGGCAAGGCCGAGUUUAUGAACCCCGGUGGCUCGGUCAAGGAUCGUGCCGCCCUGUACGUGGUCAAGGACGCCGAGGAGCGCGGCCUGCUCAAGCCCGGCGGCACCGUGGUCGAGGGCACCGCCGGAAACACGGGCAUCGGUCUCGCCCACGUGUGCCGGUCGCGGGGUUACAAGCUCGUCAUCUACAUGCCCAACACGCAGUCCCAGGGCAAGAUCGACCUCCUCCGGCUCCUCGGCGCAGAGGUCUACCCCGUCCCCGCCGUCGCCUUUGACAACCCCGAGAACUACAACCACCAGGCCCGCCGCCACGCCGAGCGACUUGACAACGCCGUCUGGACGAACCAGUUCGACAACACUGCCAACCGCCGGGCGCACAUUGAGACUACUGGACCUGAGAUCUGGACUCAGACACAGGGCAAGGUCGACGCCUUCACUUGCGCUACUGGUACUGCUGGAACUCUGGCCGGUAUCACUCGGUAUCUUAAGGAGGUCUCAAACGGCAGGGUGAAGAGCUUCCUCGCCGAUCCCCCCGGCAGUGUUCUGCACUCAUACAUCUCAUCAGGUGGCAAGCUCAUUGAGCGCACGGGGUCCAGUAUCACUGAGGGCAUUGGCCAGGGUCGCAUCACGGACAACCUCCAGCCCGAUAUCGGUCUUGUGGACGGCUCUCUGACCAUCGCCGACGAGAAGAGCAUUGAGAUGGUGUACCGCUGCCUUGACGAGGAGGGUCUGUACCUGGGCGCCAGCUCAUCCCUCAACGUGGUGGCGGCCAAGGAGGUGGCCGAGAAGCUGGGCAAGGGUCACACUGUCGUCACAGUCCUCUGUGACGGCGCCUACAGAUACGCCGACCGGCUAUUCUCGCGCAAGUGGCUAACGGAGAAGAAGCUUCUGGGGGCCAUCCCCAAGCACCUGGAGAAGUACAUUGUUCUACCAUAG